UACUUUGCUGCUGUAAGGUAGAGCAGCCACAUUCUGCCCCGGGUAAGCAGUGACACACGGACGGAAGGACUGCCCUGUGAAGUUCGCUCCUUUUUAAUGGAUGCCAGGGUGGCCCUGCAGCACUUAUGGACAGUCCUUGUCCUCCUGACUGCAGAACUGAAGUGGAUUGAUGCUGCAGAGGUCUACACCAACGCUUGGGCUGUCCAGAUCAAUGGGGGGUCAGAGGAAGCCGACCGCAUCGCCGAGGAACACGGUUUCAUCAACCACGGAAACGUUUUUGGUGAUUAUUAUCACUUCAGGCAUCAUGCUGUGGAGAGGAGGGCUUUGUCUGGCCACAGGGGGAUGCACAUCAGACUGCAAAAAGAACCACAGGUCCUUUGGGCGGAGCAGCAGGUGGUGAAAAAAAGGAAGAAGAGGGAUAUCUACGACGACCCAACAGACCCAGAUUUCCCCAAGCAGUGGUACCUGUCCACACCAACGCAUCAAGACCUGAAUACCAAAGUAGCCUGGGCUCAGGGCUACACGGGGAGAGGUGUAGUGGUGACUAUCCUGGACGAUGGAAUUGAGAAAGACCACCCUGACCUCGUCAGCAAUUAUGAUCCCGAGGCCAGUUAUGAUGUUAAUGACGGAGAUGCUGACCCACAACCAAGAUACACGCAGCGAAAUGAAAACAGACAUGGAACUCGAUGUGCAGGAGAAGUUGCAGCAGCAGCCGACAACGGUGUGUGUGGAGUCGGUGUGGCCUACAAUGCUAAGAUAGGAGGAGUUCGUAUGUUGGAUGGGGAGGUGACAGAUGUGGUGGAGGCCCACUCUCUGAGCCUGAACCCGCAGCACAUCCACAUUUAUAGUGCAAGCUGGGGCCCAGAGGACGAUGGCAAGUCACUAGAUGGGCCUGCCAAGCUGGCGAAGGAGGCUUUUCUCCAGGGAAUCACAAAGGGACGUGGCGGACAAGGCUCCAUCUUUGUGUGGGCCUCGGGUAACGGUGGCCGCGAGCAGGACAGCUGUAACUGUGACGGCUACACCAACAGCAUUUACACCCUUUCCAUCAGCAGCACCACGCAGUCCGGCAACGUGCCGUGGUACAGCGAGCCCUGCUCCUCCACCCUCGCUACCACCUUCAGCUCUGGAAACCCUGGGGAGAAACAGAUAGUGACCACAGACCUGAGGCAAAAAUGCACAGACUCUCACACGGGAACGUCCGCCUCUGCCCCGCUGGCUGCUGGGAUCAUUGCUCUGGCUCUAGAGGCCAAUAUGAACCUGACCUGGAGGGACAUGCAGCACCUGGUGGUGAGGACGUCCCGGCCCGGACACCUCAGCGCCGGAGACUGGAAGACCAACGGAGUGGGACGCAGAGUGAGUCAUUCCUACGGCUAUGGGCUUCUGGAUGCAGGUGCUAUGGUGGCUUUGGCACAGAACUGGACCACAGUGGGGCCACAGCACCAGUGUGUUCACACUAUGCUGGCAGAACCAAGAGACAUUGGGAGCAAGCUGGUGUUCAGCAAGAGCGUGGAUGCCUGCUGGGGACGACCGGAGUACGUCAGCUCUCUGGAACACGUUCAGGCUCGCCUCACUCUCUCCCACAACCAGAGAGGAAAAUUGGCCAUUCAUCUCAUCAGCCCACUGGGCACACGCUCCACCUUGCUGUUCCCCAGGCCCAAUGACUUCUCCUCAGAGGGAUUCAAUGACUGGGCCUUCAUGACCACCCACUCAUGGGGCGAGGAUCCUCAAGGGGAAUGGACACUGGAAGUAGAGAAUGUAGCAGCUAAUGGACGAGACUUUGCUGUGUUAAGUCAGUUCAACCUCAUCCUGUGGGGGACUGGACCCAGCGUCGUCAACCCCUCCUCAUCUGACUUCCCUCGGCCGUCCAACAAUAGCUGCAAGACCUUUGAUGCCCAGCAGAUCUGUAUCGAGUGCAGCCCCGGCUUCUCCCUCUUCCUCCAGGGAUGUGUGAAGUUAUGUCCUCCGAGCUUCACCUCGGGCCCGCAGCUCCUCAACCUGUCCCUGGAAAACUGGGUGGACCUGUCCUCCGUCCAGGCCUGCCUACCAUGCAACCCCGCCUGCCUCACCUGCUCUGGCACCGGCCCUACGAACUGCCUGUCCUGCCCUCCUCACAGCCACCUAGUUCUCACGUCCUGCCUGCACCAGAACCAGGUCCAGCGCAAAUCCCCACUAGCUGGGGGCCUCCAGGUUGACAGAGCCCAGCCAGAGGGGGAGAUCCCAACAACAGUGGACGACAGGGGAGAAGGCGAGGAGCCUCCAGGGCUCAGUGUAGCUCCGCCCACUCAGCUGCCUGCGGUCGUUGCCGUGCUCAGCUGUGCCUUCAUCCUGGCUGCCUUCGUCGGGGUCUUCUUCUUGCUACAGAUGCGCUCACGUGGCGCUUCUUUGGGCUGGAGGACCAAACUGCCCUCUGUGUAUUCAGAGACGGGGGUGCGGAUGGGCUUGGGUUUUGGCUUCGGCCAAGGACGGGAGAGGAAGGCACGGAUAUGCUACAAGGGGAUCCCCACUGUGUGGGGGGAUGAGGACACCAUCGCCUACCAGUCUGAAUCAGACAGCGAGGAAGUGGACGUUCACGGCGAGAGGACAGCUUUUAUCAAGACCCAGAGCUCGAUUUAGCUGAACCUGGAUCUGCUGUUACGGUGUCUGACGUCACAGCAUCCUGGGUCUCAUCAGCAUUUAGAUCUGACUGUAAAGAGCUGAUACACGAAGGAGAAUCACACAGGCUCAGAUAAAAAUACACAUAACGCAGGCCUUACUGUCCCAUCAGCACCCCGUCCAAAUGCAUUAAAGAGCCAAUCAUUUAUCUUUAUGUAUUUAUUAACAUUUGUUAAUUUAUUUUUAUUUAAUUAAUAUUAGAUGACAUAUAUUAUUUAUCAUGCAUUUGACUCUUUGUCACCAAUUUGAGGUGUAAUACAAUUGUGUUGUUUAUUUUUUACUUUAAUGACCUGCCUGACCAUAUUUAGUCAAGUUUGUCAAAGGGGUAUCCAGAGUAUCUCACUCCCAUAAAGCUGAGGUUCUAACAACAGAGAUUCAAAUGUAGAGCAGCAGAGGCAAAGAUAUAUCGUAGCUUUUAGUCCCAAGAACAGGAAAAACACCCUGAAUCCUACAUCUUCUGUUAGAGCCGCUCUGCCUGUUAAAUGCCCAUGUUUUCAAUCUCCUCUGAAAAAGAUUUGAGUCUACAAGCCCAAUAAACAAUCAGAGCUCAAAAUAACCCUGAUGACAUCAUCAGUGUUGUUGUUUCAGACUUGUCAAAGCUCCUCCAGAACUACAGGACAUUAUACAACCCUAACAGGCUGAGUAGUACUUUCUGUGACAAGUAGACAGCUCCUCUAAGCCAUCUGAGUGCAUUACUUUCCAAAAAUGAUGCAUCGAUUUGUCACCAACACAAAACACCUGGCCAUCAGCAGUGAAUUGACGACAUAUUUUAUCAGAUUCCUGGCAGAUUGUGGGCCAGCGGUCAUGGAGUUGAGACACUAUUCAUUAAUAGUAAGAAAACUUUCUGCAGCGUACAGGGACAGCAUAAUAAAACAUCCUGCUGGCUGUUUGAUGAGUAAGAUACUGUGGAGGGUGCUCUGUUUUCAAUCAAGGCACAGUGGGAAUUGCCACCGCAGCAUAGACACAAAAUCUCAUUGACUUGGAGUAAAUUAACACUGUUUUUGAAUGAAAAAAAA